AUGUCUGACUUGCAAAAACAAGAGCUAAACACUCUAGUCAAUGGUGAUAUGACUGAAGAACAGUCUAUCGAACAAGUUCAGGAGGAAGUUGCUGAUGAAGUGAAACCUAGGAAGACCGUCACCUUUACAGGUGUAGAUGAAGCUGAAUCCGAGGAAGAGAGGAAACAGAGAGAGUUUGAGGAGGGAGGAGGUCUACCAGAACAACCUAGUAAUCCUGAUUUUACAAAAUUGAAUCCUUUGUCCCCAGAAAUUAUUAACAGACAGGCGACUAUUAAUAUUGGUACUAUUGGUCAUGUCGCACAUGGUAAAUCUACUGUUGUUAGAGCUAUUUCGGGUGUUCAAACUGUUCGUUUCAAAGACGAGUUGGAACGUAAUAUUACUAUUAAGUUAGGUUACGCGAACGCGAAGAUUUAUAAGUGCGAAGAGCCUACUUGUCCUGAACCGGACUGUUAUAGAUCCUUUAAGUCUGACAAAGAGGUGUUUCCCAAAUGUGAGCGUCCUGGAUGUCCAGGCCGUUAUAAGCUUGUCCGUCAUGUAUCCUUUGUUGAUUGCCCGGGCCACGAUAUUUUGAUGAGUACCAUGUUGUCUGGUGCAGCCGUCAUGGAUGCUGCAUUGCUGCUAAUUGCCGGUAAUGAAUCUUGUCCACAACCCCAAACUUCUGAGCAUUUAGCAGCUAUCGAAAUCAUGAAAUUAAAACAUGUCAUUAUAUUGCAGAACAAGGUAGAUUUGAUGAGAGAGGAACCCGCCAUGGAACACCAAAAAUCUAUAUUAAAGUUUAUCAGGGGUACCAUUGCGGAUGGAGCUCCAAUAGUUCCCAUUUCCGCUCAACUAAAAUAUAAUAUCGAUGCAGUUAACGAAUUUAUUGUGAAGACCAUUCCAGUCCCACCAAGAGACUUUAUGGCCUCCCCACGACUAAUUGUUAUCCGUUCUUUCGAUGUUAACAAACCGGGAUCCGAAAUUGAAGAUCUAAAGGGUGGUGUUGCAGGUGGUUCCAUCCUAAAUGGUGUGUUUAAGUUGUCAGAUGAGAUUGAAAUCAGGCCAGGUAUCGUGACCAAAGAUGAACAAGGUAAGAUUCAAUGUAAGCCUAUAUUUUCCAGUAUUGUCUCUCUGUUUGCGGAGCAUAAUGAUUUGAAAUUCGCAGUACCUGGUGGUUUAAUUGGUGUUGGAACUAAGGUGGAUCCAACUUUGUGUAGAGCAGAUCGUUUGGUCGGCCAAGUUGUUGGUGCUAAAGGUCACUUACCUUCUAUCUACACAGAUAUUGAAAUUAACUACUUUUUACUGCGCCGUCUGCUCGGUGUUAAGACUGACGGUCAAAAGCAAGCCAAGGUUAGAAAGUUGGAACCAAAUGAAGUGUUAAUGGUUAAUAUUGGCUCCACUGCUACUGGUGCUCGUGUUGUUGCUGUCAAGGCUGAUAUGGCCAGAUUGCAAUUGACAUCUCCUGCCUGUACUGAAAUUAACGAAAAGAUUGCAUUGUCCAGACGUAUUGAAAAGCAUUGGCGUUUGAUCGGUUGGGCAACCAUCAAAAAGGGUACAACCUUAGAACCAAUUGCUUAG